AUGGCAGACACUCUGCAGACAAAGGAUAGCAAGACAGAAGAUGCAAUAGGAUCAUCGAAACAGCAGGAAUCGAAUGAUAUUUCUUUAAUUGAAUCCAAAACCACUAUUCAACUUCGAGUUGCAUUUAUUCAUCCCGACCUGGGUAUUGGUGGUGCUGAAAGAUUAGUUGUAGAUGCAGCUGUAGGUCUUCAAUCCCGAGGCCAUAAAGUCACCAUGUAUACAUCUCAUCACGACUGCUCACACUGUUUUGAGGAAACAAGAGAUGGAACCCUGAACGUGCAUGUGUUUGGUGACUGGCUGCCUCGAUCCUUUUUUGGGAAAGGCGGCAUGAUUUUAUUUGCGAUUCUGAGGAGUUUAUAUCUAGCAAUGGCUUUGAUUACAAUCCAUCGCAAUGAUUAUGAUAUUUUGUUUGUAGAUCAGCUGUCUUUCUCGAUCCCUAUUCUUAAACUAACUGGUGCCAAGAUUCUGUUUUAUUGCCAUUUUCCGGAUAAGCUCUUGACCCAACGCGACUCGCUGAUCAAACGGGUGUAUCGCAUACCUUUUGAUAUCAUGGAAGAACUGACUACCAAAAUGGCCGACAAGGUUGUUGUCAACAGUAAUUUUACUGCUUCUGUGUUUAAUUCUUCGUUCCAAACAAUGUCUGAAAAGCCAGGUGUGCUCUAUCCAGGCAUUCGACUGGAUGCGUACGAUCGCCAAGUUGAUACCACGGAUGUAUCUGUCAAACCCUUGAUCUCUAAAUGUAUCACAAUCAUUUCUAUCAACAGGUUUGAAAGGAAAAAGAAUAUUGGUCUCGCUAUUCGGGCAUUUGCACUUUUGUCCACUCAUGUACCAAAGUACUACUCUCAAUUGCGAUUGAUCAUUGCCGGUGGAUAUGAUGUUCGCGUUUCAGAAAAUGUAGAGUAUAUGCAAGAAUUGCAGGCAUUAGCUCAAGAGCUUGGACUCGCCAUUGCUACACUUGACGGAAAAGAUACUUUGAAGCAUCCAAGUGAUGCACAAGUGAUUUUCCUACCUUCAUUCAGUGAAGCUCAACGUACAUUUAUUUUGUCCACAUCGCUUUGUCUCGUGUACACACCUGUUCAUGAACAUUUUGGGAUCGUGCCGAUAGAAGCCAUGUAUGCACAACUUCCAGUUGUAGCAGCGAAUAACGGUGGUCCUACUGAAUCGAUUCUACAUAAUGCGACAGGAAUUCUUUGUGAUGCAGAGCCCGAUUCUUUUUCCAGAUCGAUUGCCUUGUUGGUAAAAGACAAGAAUAAAGCCAAGGCGAUGGGCAAACUUGGCCGAGAGCGAGUGACGACCAAGUUUUCUCUUGAAACGUUUACAAAGUCGCUGGAGCAUAUUCUGUUUGAAACCAUGGAAUCAGACAAUAUGGAUGCUGUCAUGACGUCCUAUGUGGUUUAUCUAACUGUAAUCAGUUUAACACCUGUUUUCAUUGUGACGAUGCUGUAUAUACUGCUCUGA